CAAGGAUUAAAUACUGCCCGUGGAGGGGUCCGGGUCACAGCUGCCCCAAAAGCUGAGCCCCCACCAAGUGAGAAGAGGCUGCGAGGGAACGGGAGGGGCAGGCCAGGAGAGAGAGAAGGAAGGAGGGGCGCUGACCAGGCUGCGUCCCCCCCACGGGGCCAGCUCAGAUUCAGCUCCAGGAGCAGCCCAGCUGCAGAAGCCUUCGGUGAAGGACAGCAGGCGGACGGACACACAGACGGGGAUCCUGGGCCGGGAAGUCCUCAGCCCCGAGCCACCCGGCCGGGCCUGGCCCCCAUGGCCUUCAAUGACCUCCUGAGGCAGCUGGGGGGCAUCGGCCGCUUCCAGAAGGCCCAGGUCACCCUGGUCAUCCUGCCCCUGCUCCUGAUGGCCUCCGGGCGGCCCGAGUCCUGCCUCCGCUUCACCUCCCCACAAAGGGGGCUGCCCUUUCCCAACGGCACGGAGGCCAACGGCACGGAGGCCACGGAGCCCUGCACCAAUGGCUGGAUCUACGACAACAGCACCUUCCCGUCCACCAUCGUGACCGAGUGGGACCUCGUGUGCUCGCACCGGGCCUUGCGCCAGCUGGCUCAGUCCCUGUACAUGGUGGGGGUGCUUCUGGGAGCCAUCGUGUUCGGACACCUGGCAGACAGGCUGGGCCGCCGGAAGGUGCUGAUCCUGAGCCACCUGCAGAUGGCCGCGUCGGGGACCUGCACAGCCUUCGCUCCCAGCUUCCCCAUCUACUGUGCCUUCCGGCUGCUCUCGGGCAUGUCAACAUCUGGCAUCAUCCUCAACAGCAUGACCCUGAACUUGGAGUGGAUGCCCAUCCACACGCGGGCAUAUGUGAGCACGCUGGCCGGCUACGUCUUCAGCCUGGGCCAGUUGAUCCUGGCGGGCACCGCCUACGCCGUACCCCACUGGCGCUACCUGCAGCUGCUGGUCUCCGUGCCCUUCUUUGUCUCCUUCGUCUACUCCUGGUUCUUCAUCGAGUCAGCCCGCUGGUACGCCUCCUCCGGGAGGCUAGACCUCACCCUGAAGGCCCUGCAGAGAGUGGCCCAGAUCAACAGGAAGCGGGAGGAGGGGGCCAAGCUCAAUAUGGAGGGCCUCCGGUCCAGUCUGCAGAAGGAGCUGACCAUGGGCCCAGGCUCGGCCUCGGCCCUGUGGGUGUUGGACCUGCUGCGAGGGCAGAGACCAGUCUGGUUCGCCACCAGCUUCGCCUACUACGGGCUGGUCAUGGACCUGCAGGGCUUUGGGGUGAGCAUCUACCUCAUCCAGGUCAUCUUCGGAGCCGUGGACCUGCCUGCCAAGUUUGUGGGCUUCGUGGCCAUCAACCACCUGGGUCGGCGGCCGGCCCAGAUCGCCGCCCUGCUGCUGGCGGGCAUCUGCAUCCUGGCCAACGGGGUGAUACCCCGGGAUCAGUCCACGGUCCGAACCUCCCUUGCUGUGCUGGGCAAGGGCUGCCUGGCUGCCUCCUUCAACUGCAUCUUUCUAUACACUGGGGAGCUGUACCCCACAAUGAUCCGGCAGACAGGCCUGGGGAUGGGCAGCACCAUGGCCCGCGUGGGCAGCAUCGCGAGCCCCCUGGUGAGCAUGACCGCCGAGCUCUUCCCCUCCAUGCCUCUCUUCAUCUACGGCACUGUCCCCGUGGUCGCCAGCGCCGUCACCGCCCUCCUGCCGGAGACGCUGGGCCAUCCCCUGCCGGACACGGUGCAAGACUUGGAGGACAGGAGGAGAGGGAAACCGCGGCGCCAGCAGCAAGAGCAGCAGAAGCAGAUGGUCCCGCUCCAGGCCUCGGCGCAAGAGAAGAAUGGACUCUGAGCGCGGAGAACGGGCCCUACAGAGCCCACAGGGAGCGCCCGUCCUGCAGGGCCUGGGCCACCCGCAGGAGGAGGGAGCAGGGGC